AUGAGCAUGCUUCCCAACAUAAACUCCAGGUUUCAAAAAGGGGCACAACAAUGUGCUGCUGAGUUCUUUCAGGAAUACUGUCGUUAUCUUGGCUAUAGAUUCAACGAAUGCCAAAACAAUGGUGUCAUUCCCCAGCACAUUGAUUUGUCAUAUUUGAAAACAUUUUUUUUCAAUCUGAGAAGUGAAAUACUUUGCUUGAAGUGUAACACUGUGAGCUGCAACUCUAGCAUGGAGACACUUCUUCCUCUUCACCUUGCCCAGGUAACAACCUACGUGUAGUAUAAUGAAGAAGUAGAAAAGAGAAGAUAUGUUAGGUCUCAGCAAAUGAUCACUGAUAUGGUGGCUUAUUUUCUGAAAAUACAUCUUGAAAGCAUGCUAAACAAUCAUGGUUAACAUACUGAUCACAUCUUGUUAAUUACUUGCCAAAUUAACCAUCACAGGGGUCAAAAGUCAAUAAUGAAAGCCGCUUGGAAAAUACAGUGUUACUAUGAAAGCCACAAAACAUACAUAUAAGGCUGGUUUGUCACAAGAGAUCAAACACUUGCACUGUAAAGAAUGACUUCUCCUAACCUGGAGGUGUUACUGCUACUUUUCCAAAAAACUUUUUAGAAAAUAACAAAUAUAUAAGCCUAAGGGUGAAAAGAUAGGGAGAUUUCCAUUACUUUGUACUCCUUCGUACUUUCUUUUAAUUAUGAAUUAUACUGACUGAGGGGUUAAAAGGGAAAUGGGAAAAGUAGCAAGGAAAAUCAAUUGUUCUGCUAUUCAAAUGAUUUUAAUCACAUUUUCAUUAGGGAAGCAGUCUUCAGGAGCUUGUAAAGGCGCAUAGCCAACCAGUACAGCUGGAGACACCAUACAUGUGCUACAAGUAAGCUGUACAUGACUGUCACUUUCCUGCGUGUAACUAACAUGGAUCAAUAGUUGAUUAUUACAUGGGUUUCGUGGACCUGAGGCUUCAUUUCUUGUAAUAUCAUUGAUCUCGAAAUCCAUACAUUGCUAUCCUUUUGAAAGUCUCUACAGGGGGAUCAUGUGCUGCUGCUGAAAUAAUACUGGAAAAGUGAAUGAACAUUGGGAUUGGCUAUUGGCUUGCACAGACUCAAUAUGUGAUAAAAUUGAUAACAUUAUGCAAAAAAGGAUGAGUACCAUUAUACUAGAAACGGGAAAAAAUGGAAACAAAACAGAUAAUUACAUUCCUAGGACAAUGAUGUGGAAAUACUCUUGCAAAGCCAAAAAAAAAAAAGAAAUACAUGACAAAUAGGAACAAUAAAUGUACAAAAUAAGAAAAAAAAAUAAGGAUUAAAAUGAUGUUAAAUACAGAGUUGUAACACAAUAUUAACAUGCAAUUAUAAGAUAUCUUAUUUUUUAAAAUUUCUUCACUUAAAGAUUGAAAGCACGUCCUUUUUCACAAUUAUUUAAUAUUCUUUUACUAGCUGCAAAGAUCAAACUGAAGCUUGGAAGCGUUUGGUUAUUGGCAAAGUACCUAAUACCAUCUGUCUCCAACUCUUGCGUUUCAAUUCCAGUGGUGAUAAGAUCAAGCAAACAGUAAAGUAUGAUGAAACCCUCACACUUACUGAAGUAAGUGGGGUGGAUAAAUCAGGGUCAACAGGAAGUGCUUUAGUACCUUACGAGCUUGUCGCUGUUGUAGUGCACCUCGGAAAUAAUCUAUCUUCAGGUCACUAUGUCUGCUUCAUGAAAAGGAAUGGGUUGUGGUAUUGUGCUGAUGAUGCUCGUAUCAAAGAAUGCACUGCAUUUGAGGCCACUAGCCAACAAGCAUAUCUAUUAUUUUAUGAAAAGGCUGAUGCUUGUGAUGUCCCUGAGGUAGAAGUACCACACAACCUGAGUUCUUUUCCAUCAGCAACUGACAGCAAGCAAAAUCCUUCCAAGGAAAACAUGCAAAUCCAGCAAGCUACUCCACCAUCCUUUUACAUCACCGAACCGUGUUUUGAUGUGCAAACUGCAGCAGUUUGUAAAACUGCAAAAGGAAGCCCUGCACUACAGUACAUGUCAAUAUGCGACUCAGAAAAAGAGCAAGCUGAACUAAUUGUGACCAUGGGGCAUACCAUCCAAGACCAUCCCAGAACAAAAGGUUGGCAAGAGCAAGACCUACGUAGACUUUUGCCAGGACAAGAAGAGGAAGGAUCUUGGCUGAACAACUUUGUCCUUAAUAAGAUCUUCUUACUAAUAGAGGAGAAGGCCACAGCAGUUGGCAACAAGGUCAGGACCCUUAACUCAGACAUCUUCACAAGGAUGAUUACAUCUUCGACAGAGACAUUCAAAAAAUACAACUUUCACCAAUUGUAUCCUAACAUCUUUGAUUCAGAGGUCAUUCUCGCACCAUUCAACCAUGGUAGGCACUGGUGUCUGGUUGUUGUAAGCAUGAAAGAGAAGAUGUCCAUAUACUUGGACUCCCUAUAUAAUGGUGCAGGUGCAAAAAUGGCAUUUUCAAGAAUGAACAACUUUUUGACCUCCUCGGCUUCUAUUUUGGGAAGGAACUGGGACAUGCAUGACUGGAAAUAUUUCGCGAUUCCCUCCUCUGACAUACCACAGCAACUGAACAGUGAUGACUGUGGAGUAUUUGUAGCCAAAUGGGCACAGCACAUUUCUGUGGGUCUGCCACUUGAUUUUUCUCACCCAGACAUAGUUAAUUUCAGGUACUCUCUUAUUCUUGACAUAGCAAGAAAUGCACUAUCAAUGGACAUAAAAGUUCCCAGUACUCAAACCAGGAAAGAAACACUCAAAAGAACCACAGCAGCAUCAAGCCAAAUGAGCACAACAAGUACUCCACACAGAGUCUCUAUGACCAAUGAAACAUCAGUAUCCGACAAAGUCACCCCUGCUACCUCACCAAUCAACCAAGCCUCUGCUGCCAAACAAACAUCACUAUCCAACAAAGCCAGGCCUACUACCAAACCAAUCAGCCAAGCCUACUCUGCCAAACAAACAUCAUUAGCCAACAAAGCCACUCCUACUACCUCACCUAAAAGCCAAGCCUCUGCUUCCCAACAAACAUCAGCAUCCAACAAAGCCAACCCUACUACCUCACCAAACAGCAAAGUCUCUACUGGGAAACAAACCUCAGUAUCCCAAAAGGCCAACCCUACUGCCUCGCCAAACAGCCAAGUCUCUGCACCAAAACAAACCUCACUACCCAACAAAGCCACCGCUGCGACCACACCAAACAGCCAAGCCUCCACUACCGAACAAACAUCAGGAUCCAAAACAGCCAACGCUGCCACCUCACCAAACAGCCAGGCCCCUUCUUCAAAUCCAACAUCUGUAUUCAACAAAGCUCCCCUUACUACCAAACCAAUCAGCCAAACAUCUGGUACAACAAAUCACUCAAAUACUGAUCAUAGUUACUUCCAACCUCUACCAACCAAGAAGAGAAAACUUGAUCCCACAGUUCUACCUCACAAUGUUUCUGCCAUCCUUCCACAUGAAUAUCAAUACAAAUGUUUACAAUAUGAAGAAUUGCCUGGUGAAAUGAUUCAAGAUAGCUUCAGAGUGCAAUUCUGUAUUAAAGAUAUAGCAUGCAAGGAAGAUGUUGACAAGUGGUUAUCAAAACUUGCUACUUCAUCCAACAUAAAAUACAAUACAGAAAGUGGGGGUCAUGCAAGGAAAGGAAAGAGAGUACUCUUUGCAGGACAAUAUAUUUGCCAGUGCAAACGCGAAAAAAUUAACCAAAAGACAAGAAGAUGCUAA